CAGAGGCGACCAGAUUGUACCGGUAAUAGCUCGUCAGAUGAGAACCGAUCGUCCGGGCAUGCAAGCAUGUCGGACACAGGUGGGCACACGAGCAGCAGCUCGCCACCCCAUCGUCACCAUAGGGCACACAGUCCGCAGCAACUGAACUCGGUGCCGGAAGACGACCGCUUGUCAGCCUCGGUUACCCAGAGAAAUGGCAGAAACAGAUCUGGACAGAAUCGUAAUCGACACAGAGCUACACCCGCCAAGGUGCCGUGGUCAGGUUCUGGCCUAGAAGAUAUCAAACUAGCCAUCCAGCAGCUCACCAUGCGUUCUCAUAAAUCGUCUUCCACGUACUCCUCUUUGAGCGGCUCGGAAAGUUCAGAACCGGCUGUAAGGAGGCUCAUGAGACACUCGAGCUUAGAAACCAUCAAUACGAACGUGACCAGCGCCGACGAGUUCGUCUGGGUAGACUCUCACAAUCGGUUGGUGGAGUUGCAACAGUUACCGUGGACGCAUCACGACGUACUUCGCGUGUUACAAAACGGCCGCACCAGAGAGCACAUGGAGCAAGUGUCUAUGGAAACGAUACCGCGUCUUUCUUACCUGCUGCAACGAGCUCUGGUCAGAAUCGGCCGAGAGACUCAGCGACUGGCCAAACCUGUUGGCCUGUGCAGUAAACACGAGGUGUACAGUGCGUUUAAGAUCGUCCUCUGCCCGGCCUUGGCAGAUUCUUGCACCAAGGCUUGCUUGCGUGCCGCGGCGAUGUUCGCCGUAUCUGGCGACCAGUUGAAGCAAUCGAAAGCAUCUCGAUCCGGAUUGCAACUGCCAGUGGGACGAUUCCUACGUUGGAUGUCCGAUGUUCGAUUAGGAAGAAUGAUACACGAGUACGCGGCUAUAUAUUUAACCGCCGGGAUCGAAAAUCUGCUGGAGGAAAUACUGUUGCAGUGCAUACCCACUGAUCCCCAUACAACGUUGACUGCAACCAUGUUGGAACACGCUAUCGCCAACAGUGGAGAUUUGUGGGGCCUUCUUCAACCUUACGCGCACCUGAAUGCCGGUAGAACGGCAUCAGGUGCGCUUGCCAUGCCACGUUGGGCCAGUGUCAGUUCCCUAAAUUCCUCUUCGUCAUCCCGCAGUGGAAGAGACGCAGCAGGGUCAGCGUUAGAACCAUCGCUUCUAACAACCUGCGUCGGAUCAAUGUCCGAGCUGAUAGACUUAGUCUCGAAAGUUGCGCAAGUAGGACGCUCAACUACACCUCUGACAACCAAGGCGUUGAACGCGCUCUUUUAUUACAUGAGGUGUUCGCAGCUGGAGCACGGUGAACGAGGCUUGGGCAUACAGGAACUGGCAUACGAACGAGCGUACGUGGUUCUUCCGCCGCUGGUCGAGUGGCUAAGAGUUGCAACCGCUCAUGCAGAACACAGGCACGGACUGAUUGUGGAUCAAGACGAUAUUAAUCAAGCUGCCAGAUUGCUCUUCGAGGAAGUUUCACUGUGCUCGAAUCGUAUUGACGACUCCGAAUACGUUCGGCUUUUGACCAUGGACAUGGCCUUCAAGAUGCUAAUAAGCGGUCGCGCAGAUUUAAUAGCUCAAGCCAUGCCCCUCUUGCCAUCGACAAAGAUCAAUACUGUGAACGACAACGGCUUCACCGCUUUAAUGAUAGCGUGUAUAAACAACGACGAAACCGCUGUCCUGGCAUUGUUAGACGCUAGUGCCGACUUGAACGUCGAAAGUCCACCUCCGCCUACUGGACAAUCAGCGAGUAUACCUUCCAAGAUUCCAGUGGCUCUAAACACGUCGAAUGCUAAAGGUGGUCCAAUGACACCGCCCGCUAUGAUGACACCAGGAAAGAACGCGCCGCCUCUAAAUUCAUCUUCCAGUUCACCAGGCUCGUCUAGUAACGUGUCCAACAGCACGUGUUACAACCAGUCUGGUUUCAACGCGGAAACGCAACACUGGACUGCUUUAACGUACACAGCGUUGUUAGGACAUUGUAACAUCGCUAGAAUAUUGUUGGAGAGAGGUGCAGCUGUCGAAGGUGGAGCUAAAUUGAGCGAAGACAAAUCUACGGUCACGCCGUUGCAAGCAGCUACUGCAUCUGGCAACUAUGAAAUGGUUGCACUUCUUUUGGCUCAUGGAGCUCAGCCCGCGAUAUCGGUAGCAACGGUUCACGGUCAGAGAAGUUGUCUGCAUCAACUGUUGUCUCACCCGUUGAACUUCUCUGCCAAACGAGGCGAGAAAGAAGUAUUGUCGUUGGAGGAAAUUUUGGCAGAAGGUAGUGCUGGUGCUAGUCCUCAACAACAAACUGUGGACGGAAGGGGAAAUAGAAGAGAAGGGAAAGAACCAGUCUUUAGUAAAGUUCAGACUAAAGCUUUACAAGAAGCAAUGUAUCAUAGUGCCGAAAGCAACCAUUUAGAUAUCACGAUGGAACUUCGUGGAUUAAAAGUGGGUUGGACGUUGCACUGCUGGAUGCAUAGUCUUGCAACAGCUCACGAAAUGAGAUUAGAUUCGGUAAUAGAUCAGUUACUUCAAGAUUUUCUGCAAGUCUGUCCAGAUGACUAUUCAACGCAAUUCGUACAAGAAUGUCUUCCAUUGUUAUUUAACAUCUUUAGAUAUAGUAAAAAAGAAGGCACAACGCUUCUUCUCGCGGAUAUUUUCUGCACGUGCUUUGGAUGGGAACCGAUAAAACCCAUUCGAGACACGACGCUUUCCAGCGGGUCCAGAAUAGAUCCCAAAUUUGUAAAUAAUCCGGAAUUAAGCGAUGUACAAUUCAGAGUGGAGGGCAGAGUGUUCUAUGGGCAUAAGAUCGUUUUAGUCACGUCGUCACCGAGAUUUAGAAAUAUGUUAAGUUCAAAAUUAUGCGAGGGAAAUCCUCCUAUUGUACAAAUUAACGAUAUUCGAUACCACAUUUUCCAGAUGGUCAUGGAAUUUUUAUAUCACGGUGGUUGUGCCACGUUAGAAGUUAAUCAAAGUGAUGUUUUGGAAUUAAUGGCAGCCGCGAAUUUUUUCCAACUGGAUAGUUUACUUAGGUAUUGCGAGGCACAAUGUUCUUCCAUGGUUGAUCUUGACAAUAUCGUUUCUAUGUACAUCCAUGCAAAGGUUUACAACGCCACGCAACUUCUCGAAUAUUGUCAAGGGUUUUUACUACAAAAUAUGGUUGCUUUAUUAACUUACGAUGACUCGGUCAAACGUCUAUUGUUCGCUAAGAAAUUGCCUAAUCACGAUGUUCUCGCGGGUCUUCUUCUUACUUUGCAAGCAAGGAUAAAAGCUAGACGAUCUCAACAACAAAACAAGAUAAAAGCCUAGAGAUACGAUAAACACCAAGCACGGUAUUUAUGUCAACAUCGUGAUUAUGAUUUUAUUUUUACUAUCGUCGAUUGUAAUGAUAAACAUAUUCACGUAUGUUUAAAUAACAUCAUUCAUCUAAAAAGAAAAAAAAAAAUUACACUAAGACUGAAUAUUUCACGAUUUAUUUUCAACCUUUUUCUAACGGGUAUUCAAAUAUAAAUUAUCACCAAUACUCAUCAGUUUGCAUUACAUUCAAAGUACAUAUUAGUAGUAUAAAAAAGCUUACGUUUCUGCCAUGUAUUUGUUUCAUCAUUGUUGUAUAGUAUAUACUUUCCGUUUAAGCAUUUUUUACAUUUAAACUGUAAAUGUAUAUUAGAUACUUUUCAAACAAAUAUAAAUUAUGCUGUUACAAAUGAAUAUCUAUCAAGCGUAUACAAUUAUUAAAAUAAUUAAAGAGAUAAUUAAAAAAUUUAUAAAAAUUAGUUUAUCCAUCACAAAUUUUUAAAUAAUCGUGUAAAUAAAUAAUUAUCACAAAUAUAGAAGAUGGUAUAUGCUGUGAGUUUUUAGUGACGAUAAGUUAUUAAUUAUAUAUAACAAAUGAACAUAUAAAUAUAAAUAUAUAUUUUGUAUAUAAAACAGACUGAACAGUUUAAACGUGAUAAGAAAAAAAAAAAAAAAAA